AUGUCCAAAUACGACCCAAAUGGCCCUCCCCCAUCCUAUCCUCAAGCUCCUCCCCAAGCGCAUUAUGACGCCGGCCCCUACCACAAUAAUCAAUACGGUUCCCCUCCGCCACAAGGGUCUUACCAGCAAGGACCACCACAGGGUGCCAAUGCAGACUUUUAUGGCGCGCAAGGCCAGACAUAUCAGCAGCCAGGAGGAUACCCGCCACAGCAACAGCCUAUGUACUACCAGCAAGGGCCACCACCUCCAGGUGGUUACUAUGAUGACAGAGGACGCCACGGAGGCGGCGGUGCUGGAGGUGGCAUCUGUGCCGGCUUGAUGGCUGCACUUGCGUGUUGUUGCUGCUUGGACUGCCUGUUCUAG